AUGGAACUUCGAGCAAUUUGCCACGCGUUCAAUUUUCUACCACACUCUUUUGGUUCAAACCUCUUUUUCUUUGGUGCUACCUAUUUAUUCGCCGAGGGGGUUUUGUUUGUGAAUGUGCGGAAGGCAUCAGAACUCCUGGGGGGUGCGGGUAACGUCCGUCUGAGGUCUCUGUUUUGUGAACGUGCGGAAGAGAUCAGAGCUCCUGGGGGAUGGGUAACGUCCGUCUGUGAACGCGCGGAAGGCAGACCAGACGUUGUGGUGGCUCAAGUCCACAUCACCAAGCCUGCACUCAACAUGUCUACCAAAGCCCCAACGAACUAG